AUGCGUUCUUUAACCCUACUAUCAUUUAUUGCUCUUUGCACCCCGACAAUAUGCAACAAACUCAGCAGAACAGAGUUUAAUGUUCUAAUAUCCUCAAGACAAUCACUCGUCUUGUUCACAGCGGAUGGUUGUAAAGACUGUCUUCGGGCACAAGAGCUAUUGGACAAUGCAGCCCCGGCUCUCACCAAGACAGCGAUCGCCUCGGUCAAUUGCAAUGAGCAGCCGGCAGCUUGUGAUGAUGCCAAGGUCUACACUGUCCCUACGUUAAAGUUCACCACAGGCAACGGCAGCUUGGUUAAGUACAAGGAGUCCUUGGACACGUCUUCAGUCGUGAAGUACAUUGACAGGCAAUCUGGUUCUCCGGUCAAGACCUUGACUGAUCAAGGCUACAUAGAUUUCGCAAAGUCUGCCCGAGUGGCGAUCGUUGCAUUUCUUGGCCCAUCAGACGCUCCCGAACAUCGCAAGAAUUUCAACACUGUUGCUGAACGCUGGCGAGCGCACUACAGCUUUGGUUCUGUCAAUACGCUAGAGGAACACAGCACAGAGCCCUCCAUCGCCGUUUAUACCGCGGAGGAAGACCAGCCUGUCUACUACCGCGGGGACUUCAAUGUCGACGACAUUGAGACAUUCUUGCGAGAUGCAACUACCCCGCUGAUCCGAGAGUUUGACCCGGACACUCAUGCACAAGCCGUUGAGGAUGGCAAACCAUUAGCUCAAAUCUUCUUUAACAAACACGAGGAAAGGACUGGCCUUGUGAAGUCUUUGAUGUCUCUUGCCAAACAGUAUAAGGAUCAGGUAGCCUUUCUGACCGUCUAUGCCCCGGAUUACCCUGCUGCAUGCAAGCAGAUGCAUCUUGGAACCGAUAUCAAGCGUGGUUUCGCCAUUGCAAACCCACUUGGUAGGGCAUAUCCUAUGUCGACGACGGUCUUCAAUGCCAAUAGGGUUGCCAAGCACGUAUCUGCGUACUUGGCAGGGACACUGACACCAACGAUCAAGUCAGAGCCAGUACCUCCCCAGUCUACUUCCCAGCCAUUCUUGACCACGUUGGUUGGUAGCACCUUUGACGAGUUCGUUUAUGACAAGUCUAGAGAUGUUCUUGUUGAGUUCCAUGUCCCGUGGUGUCAAUACUGUAUAGAUCUUCAAGCCGUCAUGAAUAAGCUUGGAUCCAGAUACUCCAAGUCUGGUCUUUCUAAGCAGAUUUCUAUAGCUGCGAUCAACGUCGAUGCCAACGACGUGCCUAUCGAGAUUGACUCAUAUCCGUCCAUUAGAUUAUAUCGGGCUGACACAAAUGAGAUCGUAUCCUUCCAGGGAAACUUUACUGAGAUGCUGACAGAAGAGCAGCUAGACAGUUUUAUUUUCAAGAGUGGGAGCCAUGGGGUUAGUGUGUUUAAUGAGAAUAAUGCAAAGCCUCAUGAUGAGCUGUAG